AUGCAUCUAAGGUGGGGACCUCGUCGGCGUUCCCCCCGGCUGCUAGCCCAAGGCGGCGGACCGGAUCUCAUCAGUGACCUCCCCGACGACCUCCUCCUCCUCGUCCUCGCCGGCCUACCCUGCGUCAGCGCUGCCGCGCGCACCGGGGUCCUCUCCCGCCGGUGGCGCAGCCUCUGGCCCCGCCUCCGCCAGAUCGUCUUCAGCGACGUCCCGCUCCACUCGCUCGAAGCGGUGCUCGACCGCUUACCUCGACCCCUGCCCUUGGUUUCCCUCAUCAAAAUCCGCUUCCCCAACGAGCGGCUACCAUGGCCGAUCCCCGAGGAGCGCCUGGUCGACGCUGCCAGCGUCAACUCGUUGCUCCGCGCCGCCGCGCGGCUCGAGCCGGAGGAGUUCGAGUUUGAGCUCCCCACGAACUUACUCGACGGUCCGCUCAUCGUCGACCUGCCUUGCUUCCACCGCGCCACCUCCAUCCUGCUGGACCUUCACCCCGUCGACGUCAUCCUCCGCGUGCCAACCGGCGUCGAGUUCCCCGCACUCGAGGAGCUGCACCUGUGGGCAUGCACCGCCGACAUUGACGCCUUGCUCUCCUGCUCCCCGCGCUUGCGCACGCUCUGCCUGAGUAACGUUUAUUCCGACAACGACGACCUCGCUGUGAGCGCCACGCUUGCGGUCAGCUCGGCGUCGCUGCAGGAGCUUGUCCUGCUUCAAACCGACUGGAUGGAUGGCGUCAACAUCGUUGCCCCCACGCUUAGGCAAUUGACCGUGUCUUUUCCGGCAAUGGAGAAGGUCAGCAUCUCGGUCUUGGCACCAAUGGUGGAGAUGGUCGCGUGGAGAUGCUGCUACUUCGAGCUGUCCAUCGUGUUCGGUGUUUGGCGACUCGAGCAGGUGACUCUGCAGACGGCUGAGAGACCAGGACAGCUGCCUUCGCUGCAGAUUCAUGCCAGCGCCAAUCCUAUUUUUGUCAGUGAAGAGGAGACAUUUAUGCACGAGAUAGAGAAGCAUAUGUUUGCCGAGUUUUCUGUUUUGGACCUACAUCUCGAAACAAAUGGACAUGUGUUUGGAGCGCUCGUGUUUCAUGUCCUAGGGAUGAAUAGAAUUUGUAGUGCUAUGCAGAAGCUUAAGGUCAUUCUACAGAGAUCAUCGGUGAAAGAAGGAUGCUCACCUCAUUGUCCAUGUGAGUCCACGGGGUGGAGAUCCCAAACUAUCUCCUUGACUCGAAUCAAAGAAGUGGAGAUCAGUGGUUGUGGAGGAGACGAUCAUGACAUUGAUUUCUUGAAACUGAUACUCAAAUGUGCGCCAAGGCUCAAAAAAAUGAUUGUGAAGCUGUCAGAUGGCGGGGCCUCAUCAAGUGACGAUGGAUGCACAAACAUAUACAACAUUUUCAAGGCUUAUUCUUCCGUGGAACUCUGUUUAUCUUAG